AUGGGUUUUAUUUCAAAAAUUAUAACCUAUUUAUUUGCUUUAAUUUUUUCCAUCUUUUCAAAAAUCAAGAGAAAUCCAAUAAUUAAUCAAGGGUUCCAUGAAGAUUAUGAUAAUAUCCAUUAUGAUACCGACGAAAACUAUGUCCAUUAUGACACUGAUGAAGGCUACACAGAGCCAUUCCGUUUGGUAUAUAUCAUUACAGUUAGAAUAACUAUCUAUUAA